AAACUCUUUCAUACGCCUUAGAUUAAGAAAGUGUUGCUAAACUGACAUAGGCAAUAAAAAGUGUGUGCAAGUUUGUGUGUGUCUGUGACAGGAGAAUAUAACACAAAACAUGUCAGACAGCAAAAAGCUUACCAUUGCUUUGCUACAGCUACCAGUUUGUAACGAUGUGGCCACAAAUGUGGAUAAUGCUGUGAAAGCGAUUACCGAAGCAAAACUGAAAAAUCCAAAUCUCCAAUUAGCCGUACUCCCCGAAGGCUUCAACGCACCGUACGCCAUUGAAUAUUUUUCGAAAUAUGCUGAGAAAAUACCUGAGGGGCAAACGUGCCAAGUGCUGUCGCAACUGGCGUAUAGUUUGAAAAUUUACAUAAUCGGUGGCAGUAUAAUUGAGCGUGUCGAGCCAGAUAAGUUGUAUAACACAUGCACAGUGUGGUCUCCGUCAGGCAAACUUAUAGGACGUCAUCGCAAGAUUCAUUUGUUUCACAUUGACAUUGAUGUCGAGAAUGAAGGUGGCGCUUACUUCAAUGAAGGCCUAGCUUUAACGGCUGGGAACGAUCUCACUAUAGUCGAUAUUGCCGGCCAUAAAGUGGGUCUUGGUAUUUGUCAUGACAAACGGUUCGAGGAGCUUGCACGUGCUUAUCGCAAUCUAGGCUGCGAAAUGUUAAUUUAUCCGUCGGCCUUUUGCAUUUGCCAGGGCCCCAUGCAUUGGGAGCUAUUGCAGCGCGCUCGUGCCAGCGAUAAUCAAUUAUUUGUUGCCACAUGUUCACCAGCUCGCGACAACAAAUCUGGCUAUGUCGCUUACGGCCAUUCAAUGAUUGUCGAUCCGUGGGGACGUGUUCAACGUGAAGCCGGCGCCACCCGCCAACUGAUAAUCGAUGAUAUCGAUUUCAGUAUGGUCGAUGCUGUGCGGCGCCAAAUACCAAUAUUCCCACAACGUCGCACCGAUAUUUAUAACACGCAACUCAUAAAACAAUAACAACAAUUAUUAUGGUUUACAUAAGUGAAUUUUGAGCGAAUUAAUGUCCUGGUGUAUGUGUGCGCAUAUUUGUGUAUUUGUGAAAAAAUCAUUUCAAAUUAUUUUGAAUACAGAUGGCGAACAUUACAAUAAUCAUUAUCUUUUUAUGAAUGUCAUAAAAUUACAUUUUUUUUUUAAUAAAAUAUGUGCUCGCGUAUCCAUA